UGGCCGACCACCGAAAAGAACCAAUCCGCUCACUCGGGUGUGAAGAAAAACCACAAGAAAAAAAAGAAAACCCCAACCGGCAUAAAAGUAGUGUGCCGAAAUCAUGGCCCCGAUUCGAUUCGCAUCUCGUGCAUUGAUCUCAACCGUUGUCCUCGUCGUUUUGGUCACCAUUUGCGACCGGGUGAUUUCGUCGGCUUCUUCGGUGACCGCACCCUCCUCCUCUCCUGGACCGACAAAGCUUGGCAACGUUAAUGGGACCAAGUUCGGCCGGUACCAGCGUGUCUCGUCCGGGUCCAACAGGCGGAAUGAAUCCUGUGCGGGGAAAUAUUGUGACGAAGAGGAGGACACCGGCGAAAUCAUACUGGGUGGCAGUCGAGCCCUCCGACAGGAGGGUGUCCUCAAGCAUAGUUCGGUUCUGUACGGGUUGAUUUCGAUUGCCGAGAGGGGCGAGCUCUCCGAUCGGUGCUACGACGAGAUGCAGCAGAUCUACGAGGGGAUAAAGCAGAAGGAAAUUUGGGCGUUGAAAGUGUUAGACUCGUCCGGAAUCCAGGAGGCGGGUUUCAUGUGGGGCCACAAUCAUUGGAUAGGGUCGGAGCAGGGCUGCCUGGCGGCGCAGACCCCGCUGUCGAUUACCCUGUCCGACCGGUACAGGCGGAACAUGAAACCGAAUCUGGUGAAGGCGCUGGCUCCGUUCGACGUCGGCUUCCGAAUGGUGUACGCCCAACAUCAGUCCGCCUGGCAGGUAGAGAUGAAGUUUCUCAGUGAGAACAUUCUGCACAUUGGAGUUUGCGUUCCUCAAUCGUGCUCGAAUGGCGAAUUGUUCAACCUGACCGAGAGGUUCUUCGAGGAGCGGAUCAUCCAAGCACAAGAUAUCUUCGAAUUCCGACCAAACGUGCUACAAGUCAAAGAUCUGCAGUUGACAGAGGAAUUUUGGAGCAAACCAAGCUUGUUCAUUAUCAGCAUCACCGUCGCCCUAACAGCCAUUAUGGUCUAUUUGGCACAAUGUCGUGAGCAAAAAGGUAACGAAGAAAAGCCGAGCCAACGAUCGACGAUCACACCUUCAGAGCCGCCAAGCGUCACGACCUACUCUCCGACGCAAAUGAAUGGGCAUUACUCAGCGGCACCGAAAGCACCCUCAAACGGCACGGUGGCGCCAAAUGACGACGAACGGAUGAAGGAAACUACGCCCAAACCAAAACAUGCCCCAACUCAAAGCUCCUCCCCUGCCUUCCCACCCAAGGACACUUUCAUGGACAAGGUCAUCGACAGUUUCAACGUGCGCCGCAACCUCGCUACCGUGUUCCGAACUGACAUUGGCCCACAGUCGUUGCCGGUGAUCUGUGGAUUCAAGUCCAUUUGCUGCUUUUUGAUCCUGUGUUUCCACAUGCAAUGGUACACAUUUUUCACCAUCCAAAAUUCCGCCCUGAUGUUCCACUACGCGGAGCAGGUUCGCUAUCAGAUAAUCAGCAAUGCUCCGCUGCUGGUGGAUGUCUUCUUCGCCAUCAGCGGCUUCCUGGUGACGUACAACUUCGUGCGAAAUCCCAGCAAAAUUCAGGAGGUCAGUUCCAACAGCUUGUGGCAAAACGCGAAGCUGUACGGAAAAAUGCUUCUUCACCGGUACUUGAGGCUCUCGCCUCUCUACUUGAUGAUCACCGCAGUCGGCGAAUUGAUGACCAGCUACGUCGUGGAGAAGUCCAAAUUCUGGGUGCACGAGCGGACCGAUCUCCGCUGCCAGCAGUACUGGUGGCGCAACGUGCUUUACAUCCAAAACCUCUACAACAUCGACGACCUCUGCCUGAACUGGACCUGGUCAUUGGCCUGCGAGAUGCAGUAUUACAUGAUCUCCGUCGGGCUGCUUUUCGUCUAUGCCAAGAACGCCAAACUAGGAAAAUCGAUCUACGUUGUUUUUGCGGCGGCAACUUUCGUGUUCAACAUGGCCAUCACGCUGAUGUACCACUUCGUCCCGUCGUACGAUGUUCUCUACAAUACGGGUAGUGCCUUGUACGUGGCGCCCUGGGCUCGCAUGUCCCCCUACGUGGUGGGAGUGUACUUCGGUUGGUUCCUGGCCAUGGGCGGCAGCAACCUACAAAUUACUGAGAAACAAUAUCGCAAAUACUGGAUCCUGGCCUGCGUGGCGGUGUUCAUCAGUAUGCAUUCGACCUUCAAGCGCAAUUUCCCGUACCCGUUGGCGUCGACCGUCAUGGUUAUGGUUCGAAUAUUCGUGGCGUGGGCUGCCUGCUGGACCAUUAUCGCCACAUCGGCCGGCUAUUCGAAUGCAGUGACCCGAUUCUUAUCUUCGAAGUUUUUCAUCCAUACCAACAAGUUGACAUACGCCAUUUACCUGAUCAACCCGCUGAUUAUCACCGCCGUAUUCGGCCUUUCUGAUGGCAGCGCUAACGCAGAUCCCAUUCCAACGCUCGUGAUGGCCCUCGGGGUCACUGUGCUCUCGUAUCUGGCAGCCGUCGCAUUCACCGUUCUGUUCGAGAUUCCGUACUGCAUCAUCUCCAAUGAAAUUUUGAAACUGAACAAGAAACCGCCCAGCUCAGCGGUGCCAGCGUCGUCGGCAGCUAAACAGGCGGCGGUGGAGGAAACCCUUUCGGUGUCAACUGGGGAGAGCAAGAAGCUCGAGUGAACGCGGGUGCGAUCUGGGUCACGUUUUAAGCGGUUCGAGGAACGCAGAAUAGCACACUUUUCGGGAUUUCCGGCUCAUAUGGAAAUUAGUUUUCCACCGGUUAAUGUGAUAAAUGAAGUAAAUGGGAAAACGAAGAUGAAUUAAAAAAUCUCUUGUUUUUAGCUAGCUUACAGCACCACCGGUUCUCUAUAUUGAUCUACUGAUGGAAGAAAAGACAUUAAAAAUGAUAGGAUUUUUUAACAUUUUACAAAGAUUUUAAUAUGUAACUUUUUUAAGGACUGCUUAGCGUUAUUUAUUUGUAUUGUUAAUCGUUGGUAAGGCGUAACUUAAAUCACUUUAUUUGAUUAGGGCUCGCAUUGUUAGUUCGUAAAUGUUUAUGGAAACUAACAUUCAAAUCUCAAAUAGAGUAAAAAAUGACAUCAUAGAAUUGUAAAAAAAUGAGUAUAAGCGGAAUAAAGUGAAUGAACUAUACAAAUGGUUUUAUGAAUGAAACUGCAUUUUGUAUGUAAAUAGGCUAAUA